UAUACUCAGGCCACCCUGGUCAGGUGUGCAAUCAGACUCGACAAGAACCUAAUGUCUGAGGCUGUGAUUCUUCUAGUUGUGAAGAAGAUUGGUGUUGCCCUAGGGAAUGAGGCAAUCAACCAAGCCACUUCAUAUUUUCAGAAGUACGUCACACAACUGACAGAGCUUCAAGGUAGCAUGGGGCGCAUCAAGAGGGAGCUCAGGCUGAUGCACGAGUUUCUGUCCCGAAUGGAUAUCCGCAAUCGCAACAACAAGAUAUAUGAAAUCUGGGUGGAGGAUGUGAGAAUGUUAGCACAUCAGAUCGAGGACAUUGUGGAUGACUACUUGCAUCUUGUUAGCCACAAGGACAAACAUGAUGACACUGGAUGGACUACCUAUCUAAAGAAAGGAUUCAAGAGAAUGAAGGGACCAAAUGCUCUGCUCUCUUUAAACAGGAUAGCUCCGUCUGUUAAGGAAGCAGAGGCCAAUCUAGUGCACCUGUUUCAGGCAAAAGAGCGAUGGGUUCGGAUGGUUGCCGAUGAGACUAGUGGUGAAAGCUCAUGUUACAUUGUUGAGGCGUCACGUCAUCUAGCUAGCAUUUCAUGCUCCCUCAGUGAAGAAGAUCUUGUAGGGGUGGAUGAAAACAGAAAAAGACUCCGCGAGUGGCUGGCAGGUGAUGAAUUGGAACGUGAGGUGAUAGUGCUGCAUGGGAUGGGAGGUCUCGGCAAAACAACCUUGGCAGCAAAUGUGUAUAGGAACGAGAGAGAGAAGUUUGAAUGCCAUGCCUGGGUCUCCAUCUCUCAAACAUAUUCCAUCAAGAACAUUCUGAAAUGUCUGAUCACUGAACUUUUCAGAAAUGCCAAACAAAAUCCUCCGGUAAACCUUGGGGACAUGAAAGCUGAAGGCCUUCAAGAUGAAUUGAAGGCAUUCCUAAGGGACCGGAAGUAUUUGGUCAUAUUAGAUGAUGUUUGGGCACCAGAAGCCAUCAGUAACUUGUUCGGAGCACUUGUUUCUAAUCUCAGGGGGAGUAGAGUACUUGUCACAACACGCAUUGAUGAGGUAACUCACCUUGCUUUCCCAAACAAGAGGAUUAGGCUAGAACCUCUAUCACAAAACGACUCAUGGGAACUCUUCUAUAAGGCGGCUUUUCCAAGAGAGAAGAAACUUGAGUGCCCCACAGAAGUAACACAGCUAGCAUAUCAAAUAGCAAGCAAGUGCAAAGGUGUACCUCUUGCAAUUGUCUCUGUCGGCAGACUCCUCUUUGUGCGUGACAAGACUGAAGAGGAAUUCAGGCGCAUACAUAACCAACUUGACUGGGAGCUCAUCAACAACCCGAGCAUGGAACAUGUUAGGAAUAUUCUUUACCUGAGCUACAUCUACCUUCCAACACAACUAAAAAGUUGCUUCCUCUAUUGCAGCUUGUUUCCAGACGACUAUCUUUUUACAAGAAAGAAGCUUGUAAGGUGGUGGAUAGCAGAAGGGUUUGUAGAGAAGAGGGGUGGAAGCACAAUGGAGGAAGUGGCAGAAGGGUAUCUCAAGGAAUUGGUUCACAUGAACAUGCUACAGCUUGUUGAAAGGAACUCAUUUGGCAGGAUAAAAGCAUUCAGAAUGCAUGAUAUCGUACACGAGUUGGCAGUUGAUUUGUGCCGGAGAGAAUGUUUUGGUGUUUCAUACAGUUGUGAGAAUAAGCGUUUCGAGUUUCUUGAGGAGAAUGAUGAACGACGGAUGGUAAUACACAGAUUAGACAAGGAUAUUAAUCAAGUAAUUUCAAGUGAAUGCCGCCUUCGAUCUUUCAUCGCAUUGGAUAAAGCCAUGCCAUCAUCCACUCUGCUACCUCUGCUAUCCGAGAAGUGUAGAUAUAUGUCAGUACUUGAGUUAAGCGGGCUACCCAUCGACAAUGUUCCAGAUGCCAUAGGUGAUCUAUUCAACCUCCGACAUCUUGGCCUGCGGGAUUCCAAUGUGAAGCUCCUCCCAAAUUCUAUUGAGAAGCUCUCCAACUUGCUAACACUGGACCUCUGUACAUCGGAAAUACAUGAGCUGCCAAGAGGGAUCAUUAAGCUAAAAAAGCUUAGGCACUUGUUUGCUGAGAAAGCGAACGAUCGGUCUGGGCGACAACUCCGGUGUCGCACUGGUGUAUGCAUCCCCAGUGGACUAGAGAAUCUGAGAGAGCUACAGACAUUGCAAGCACUGCAAGCUCAGGAUGAGCCUUUGAGCUGGUUGGGGGAGCUGAGGCAGAUGAGAAGCAUAAAGAUAUGGGACGUGAAGGGAAGCUGCUGCGAAUGCCUCUGCGCGUCAUUGCGUCACAUGGAAUUUCUAUCCUACUUAAGCAUUGCAGCAAGUGAUGAGAAUGAUAUCCUCAAUUUGAGUAGUUUGAACCCACUGCCUCCAAACCUUGAAAAGCUAAGAUUGCGCGGGAGAUUGGCACAAGCAAACAUGCUGUUGGGUGCAGCAGGGGGUCAGAACCACUUGUAUUCGAUACAUCUAUCUUGGUCCCAGCUGGUAGAUGACCCACUGCCAUCUCUGUCUCGGUGGUCGAAUCUGACGGACCUUUUGUUGAACAGAGCGUACAUUGGAGAUGAGCUCGUCUUCCACCAUGGGUGGUUUCCUGCCCUCAAGGAGCUAUACAUAGGAGACAUGCCUCGCCUGAAACGGUUGGAGAUUCAGCAAGGUUCCAUGGCAAGCCUGCAGCAACUAUAUCUAGUCAACCUCAGUAGCAUGAUGGAGGUCCCGCUUGGCAUCGAGUUCCUCAUGUCAACUCUCAAAUCUUUGGGCUUCGCGGAGAUCACCCGGCAAUUCCUCGCUGCGUUGCGCCAAUGCUCUAGAAUUAAUUGCGGUAUCCAGUGGUGGUACACACUACUUGGAGAGGAUAGGACUCAAGAGGCAUCAAUAUAGGAGAGAUGGAAUGAGGUUGGCAGACUAUAGCUGCAGUUGGUUGAUUUGCCUAGCUAGAUACAAGCCUACAGCACCUAAUGUAAACUAUUUUGGACAUACAUCGACAUUUUUUUCACAAAAAUUCUCCCUUUGUGUUCUCAAUGAGUUGUGGAAUCGUCCCCAGAAAAAAAAACAAAAUGUGUCAAAGUGAAAUGUAAAUCAUUCUGCUUUUCCAUGUACACAAUCAGUGCAUGCUUAAAUAUCUUCAUUGGUCUUGUUAUGCUCCUAAGAUACGUAUGAAUUAGCUUUAGAAGAAAAGAGAGAGGAAAUUUUAGUUACCUGUGUAAAACAAUGUAUAUCUUAUCUUAUCUUCUAGUUAGUUGAUCUAGCUAGAUAAUAGGGUAGUUGAGUUGGAUAACAUACGAUGUAACAAAUCUUAUCACAUUGUUUGUAAGCCACGUCAAGGGCUCUUCUUGACACAUAAAUACAAA